GAAAUAUUCACCGCCGAAAGAGACCCGAUUGUUCUUCUCUUCUUUCUUCUCUCACUUUCACUCUCCUUCUGUUCCCUUUCUGGUUUCCAUCUUCUCUCUUUCAUCAUCGUCUCAGAAAAAACCACCAUGAAUGAAUGAAUCAAUCAAAAUAACCUUAUUAAAUUAAAUCAAAACAAUUAAAAUUGGAACAAAAUUAACGUGAAUAUGUAUUUAUUUUUCCUUCAUCGGUGUUGUUGAUGGUGAUAAUGAGAGAAGUUUGAGCAGCAAAAACUCCAUUAAUUUGGAAAGAAAAUUUUUCCGAUUUUUUUUAGGUUUUCUAGGCUCUAGAAGGUUCUGAUUUUAUUGUAGAAGUUUUUUUUGUGAUUUGUUGGUUUUGAAUCGUGACGGCAUUCUUAGAUCUGAGUGAUUGUUGCGAUGAUGAUGACGAUAAAUUUGUAGAUCUAGAUUUUGAUAUUGAUUUUUUCUGAAUUAGAAAUCAGCACUAUCUGGAGUUUUUUAGGAAGGGAACAGAAGAGUAUUAUUAGAAAAAUGGAUUUGGAUGAAUUUAGGAUGAUAUUAAGGAAAUCUGGAGUAGAUGUAUGGAAUUUUAUAGAUACAGCAAUAUCUGUAGCUUCAUUAGAUUACAGAGAUGAAUUGAAAGAAAGAAGAGAUGGAAUUGUUGAGAAGCUUUAUUUACCUAGUAAUUUAAGUUGUAGGAAUUGUGAUAAUAAUGAUAAUGAAGUUCUUCAUCGUCAUUCAUCACCAAGAGUCAGUAAUGGAGGAAUUCAGAAUAGGAUUGUGGAGAAAGAUUUUGGUAACAAUCAUCAUCAUCAUCAUCAGGAAGUGGAUGAAGGAAUUAAUAAGAGAGUUGAUUCUCCUUACACUCCACAAUCAGUUGAUGUUGAUGCUUUCGAAGGGAUUUUUGAUGACGAACAAACUAGAAUUCUUGAUAUCAAAGAUCACCUUGAAGAACCUGAUCAGUCUGAAGAAAAUUUGGUUCAUCUUCUUGGGAGUUUAGCAGAUAUGGAUAUUACAUUCAAAGCUCUCAAGGAAACUGAUAUUGGGAGGCAUGUGAAUCGAUUGAGGAAGAAUCCAUCUAAUGAAGUUAGGAAAUUGGUGAAACAAUUAGUCAGGAAAUGGAAGGAGUUAGUUGAUGAAUGGGUGAAGUCGAAUACACCUAAUGGUGAUGGUGGUGGUGGCGGUGGCGGUGGUAGUGGUGGAGCUUCUACACUUAUUGAUGAAGAUUCACCUGUUCAGAACAGCCAUAAUCAACAUAAAAGCAAUCAAAAUGGUCAUCAUCAUCAGGUUCCUGAUUUUGCUUAUUCUCCCAAUCCUAACAAUGGAAGCUCUGGUUCUGAUAAGUACAAUUCUGAACCUGAAAGAAAAGUGAAAACAGUUCCUCCAAGAAGAGACCCACCUCCUAAACCAAGUCCACACUUGUCUGCUUCUUCUUCUGCUCCAAUUAAACAAAGAGAACAAAAGGUGAACCUAAAUGAUCCAAAGACAUUAGCAUCGGCAACAAAAAGACUUCAAGAGAAUUAUCAAGAAGCACAAAAUGCUAAAAAGCAAAGAACAAUUCAAGUGAUGAACAUACACGAGAUACCGAAGCCAAAGAACUCUUUCUUUGCUAAGAACAAAGGCGGGUUUCAAGCUAAGCAUUGGUGAUUUGGUCAUGAAUGAUGAAAUCAAAUACAAAGCCACCCCCCAUUUCUCAAUUCUCAUCAAUCUCACCACCUCCUCCAUUUACCCCAACACUACAUUUUUACCAUACCACCACCAUAACCACUAUACAUAUAUAAAUUUUACAGGGAGCAAAAGAGAGAUAGACUUACAAAUGGUUUCUACCCUGUAAACUCUCUAUUUCUUUGCUUUUUUUUUUUUUCUGAAUGGAUUCUCAGUUUAAUGUGGAGAUUGAGAUUUUCUUGUUUUUUAGGAACAAAAAAAAAGUAAAAAAGAAAAAAGAAAUUUGAGAUUUUGAGGUUCUUAUACUUUCUUCUUCUUAUUGGUAGUUGAAGUACAGUUUAUAGAUCCCUCUCUUACUCCUUUUUAACAGUUUUUUCAAAAAGCCCGUACACGUGUCAUCUUGUAAAUGGGUUGCAGGCUUUUUCUUCACUGGUAACUGGUAACGGUAUUGAAAGAAGAAAAAAAGUAGGCUUUAUUUUCCGAGGCCAAAAAAAAAAAAAAAAAAAGAUUUUCUAUGAAAAUUAUGAUUUAAAAGAAAAAGAAAAAAUUGGUUAUUUUGGGGGGAGGUAAAUUAUGUGGUUAGGGUGUCGUUGAGUAUUGGGGGGAGAUUAGAGUUAGAACCCAGAAGAGAUAUGAUGGAGAUUUUUUGGCCACGUGAUUGAUGAAUAGUCUUACGUGUACAUUUUGUGAGGUGGAAAAUUAGGAGAAGCAAAUGAGUUGGGUGCAUCAAAUUUUUUUGUGUGAGAGUAGGAUGGAACUUCAGCUUGAUUAUUCCGGCGGCCAAUUCUCACUCCCACUGAUUUUGCAACUAAGAAAUUGUGUUGAAAGUGUAGACUGCGCUCGUUGUAGAAAUGGCACUGGGAAGCAUUAGGACAAUGGAAAAUAAAUAUUCUCAUGCACCACGGUACAAAGUCACGAAGCUGUUGAUCAAUAUAAGAGCUACACUUACGUGACUACUAGUUUUGGUAGAAUAGUGUAUUGGUUUCUAAUGUCCUUUUUUAUUAACUUGAGAUUUUCAUUUCUUA